CCAUUGAGCCUGGAAAAAAUCACAAAAUGGCAAUACCAAUAUAAUAAGAUAAAGGUUAAUGAUAUGCCAUUUCAUUCAAAACAUCUCAAUACCCCGGGAUGUGUAGCUAUUGAUAUCCGACCUUGCUUUAUGAAAUUAUAUUCUAAGGCCGAAAAGAGCAGUUUAGCGUUCUACCUAAACGAAUGUGGGCUUGAAAGUAAAAUGGACAUGCCUUUUCACCGCAUGUUUAAGUAUUAUGGAAGGGCAUUGAGAGAAACUAAUGCUACAACGGCCGAGCAGAUGCAUGAAGUGGCCAAAUACUGCAUGAUCGAUGCUCUUAGCUGUCAGCGGUUAAUGGUAAAGCGUAAUGCAAUUAACGAGUACAGGGAGAUGGCAUCCGUAGCCUUCAUAUCAUUAUACGAUUCACAUUAUUUUGCAGUAGGAAUGAAAGUGCGUAAUCUUUUAAAUGCCG